AUGCCACUCAUGGUUCGGCACUCCAUCUUGGGCCGUAUCACUCGACGAGAAAUCCGGGAGGCUGGUUAUGUCUACAGACGUCCAGGCCAUGUCUUUUUUUCUAUCGCCCUCAUCUCGAAGAUUGGCAGGGCUUUCAAUACCAGGAACCCCCAGGACAUUGAGAGGUUGUCCUCGACUGCUACAGAGUUCAUGUGCCGUAGCACAGGGUCUGUCCGCGACAUUCUCAAAUUUCACUUGAAAUCCGACAGCAUCCUUCACAGUCGCGGAGUUGAACGAAACUCAAUCCGCAUCUUCGGCUCCAAAAGCACUCUAGAGUAUACCAGAUACGCGAGAAGUUCUGCUGCGGACCUCUCGCAGACAGGCCCUCCUCCAGCUUUAGCCAUGGCCCGCAGCUGCAAGCAGGGUACAUGCACAUCAUCCCGGACUGAGCCUCACUGGCUGACGCGCUCAAUGGGCCCCAACUCGCCAAAACGCCGCCCCAAUGAGAGAUUCACAAUUGGGAUUAAAGGCGAAACAAGCAGGGCCCGUCAACGUGAAGCAUUCCCCAGAAAAGCCCGAAACCGCCAAUCAGAGAAACUCCGACUUUCGCGUUCACGACAUCAUCUCUGGCUUCUUACGGAGUACGGCUCCAAAGCUCCCUCCGCCAAGAGCUGA